AUGGCUUCUUCGGUCGAUCAGUCCCAAGAGGACAAGAUCAAAGACCUUUUGGAGGAUCUCGAUACCUACAGAUACAUAUACGAUGAUCUCCUCGCGACGCGGGGUCCUUGUGCAGAAGCAGAUGAGCUUCGUGAUACCAUCAAAAAUAUGGAAGUCCAGGUUGCCACGCUCCUUGGUGAUCCUGUUCCUACUUCUCAAGCCGCCCCAACACCACAAGUGACAUCCCCUACUCCGCCAGUCCGGACGCCUGCGGCUACUCCACGCAAGGCGUCCAACACUUUCACUGGAAUCCCCGGGGAUUCAUUUGCGUCCCCUCACUGGCCUUCUGCUGCACCCUCACCUUUCGCGGCCGGAUCUGGCCAAUCGAUAUUGCUGCCAGCUUCAUCAAUGAUACAGCCUUCUCCAGAUAAUUCCCGUAAACGCCAGCGUCCGCUAUCUCAGGUCUCGCCCACGAUCCAGGGAUCAUCAAAAAGGAUUGCUCCCUCGCAGCCUAAAUCUCACAGAUCUAAACUCGACGAGAUAGAUGCUGCACAAGAAGCCCGCCUUGCCGAGAAUCAGCGCUUGUACAAGCACUGGAUCGAUGCGGCAGGUGACGAUGCAGAUGAAAUAAACGAACUUCGGGAAGAGUGUGAGGAGCAGGCGAAGUUGAUUGAAACAGAGUUUCAAAUGGAACGAGACGCGGAAUUGGCUCGCGCGCUCCAAGCCGACGAGGAUCAUAGUCAACUCCCCCGUUCCAAUGAGCGUCAUACAUGGAAUAUUCCUGACCGCAGUCAACCGGUAAAACUCGAACAUCUUUCAUCAAACCCCAAUCGUGCACCUCAAGCAUAUGCCCCGAUAGCCCCAUUCAAUAAACUCAAUCCAUUCAAUUCCGACGAUGAUCUUCAAGAAAUCACAGCCGAUUCAUUCAAAGAUCGAUCCGGCAAGCAGCCAGCCCGCCCAUCCAGUUCAUAUCCCCACCUGCCAUCUCUCCCUUCGCAGUAUUCCAAAUCACCGUACACUUCACAGGGACUUUAUCCCUCGCGGAUGCCAUAUCCCUCCGAGUUGACAUACCCCUCUCAAUUGCCAUAUCCCUCCGAGUUGACAUAUCCCUCCCAAAUGUCAUAUCCUUCCCAAUUGCCGUAUCCUUCGCAGCUGGCCUAUCCCUCCCAAUUGUCAAAUUCCUCAAUGCCAUAUUCCACAUCAGCAGCUGCCUCCAGAAACCUUCCCUGGUCGCAUGAGCAUCCGUACGCUACAAUGCCGGGUACAUUUGAGAAGUAUGACAAAUUCGACAAGUUUGACAAGGCCUUUGACCUGGUUCGCAACCAAAGCGAAAUAUUCGACGACGAUGCUGACAUAGUGGCCUACAACGAGAAGGAGUUUCCUGAAGAUAUCAAGAACUUGCUCAGCGGUAUCAAAGAUAUUCGAGAGGCAACUAAAGCGGACAAUGAUGAGACACCAAGUGCUCUUCGAGUCACGUUGAUGAAGCAUCAGAAGAUUGGCCUGAGAUGGAUGAAGGCCAAAGAAGAGAGCAACCACAAAGGAGGAAUUCUUGCAGAUGACAUGGGACUUGGUAAAACCAUCCAAGCGAUUGCACUGAUGGUUGCUCGCCCAUUCGAGGAUGAAGACCGACGCCCGACUUUGAUUGUCGCGCCCAAGGCACUUAUGGAUCAAUGGAGACUUGAAAUCCAGCGUCAUGUCAAGCCGGGCAGGCACCAAUUAUCAGUCUUGAUCUACCAUCAACGGCGCAGGCCCUGGAAGGAGCUCAAAAGGUAUGAUAUCAUUAUCACUACGUUUGGUACAAUCACUGCGCACUACAAAACAUUGCUCCAGGCGGAAAAGUUGGCAGAGGAAGGGCGGGAUCCCUCGAUAAUCCAAGACCUCAAAAAUGCGGCCGGUCCUCUCAGUCCUGCUGCCAAGUGGCAUCGCGUCAUCAUCGAUGAAGCACAGAACAUCAAGAACCCAAGUGCGAAAUCGGCAAUAGCAUGUUGUCGACUCAAUGCUACCUACCGCUGGUGUCUGACUGGUACGCCUAUGAUGAAUCGUCUCGAAGAUUUCCAGUCCCUUUUGGGAUUCCUCCGGAUUCGGCCUUAUAGCAACCCAGCAAAGUUUAAGGCGGACUUCGUGAGACGCAUUAAAUCUGGUUGGGGAGGCGAAGAUGUCAUGAAGCAACUACGCGUUCUAGUCAAGUCUGUCUGUCUCCGACGCACAAAAUCCUCCAAGAUUGAUGGCGAGCCCAUCUUGCAACUCCCACCAAAGGUCACCGAGAAGGUCCAUGUUGUGUUUGAUGAGAGAGAAAGCCAGGUUUAUGAGGAACUCAAUACGUCCACUCAAAGGCAGAUCACCCGGUACCUUGACUCAGGCACGUUGGGCAGGAACUACAGCCAUGUUCUAGUUCUCCUUCUCCGUCUUCGGCAGGCAUGCUGCCAUCCACUUCUCAUGCAGGAUUUCCGAAACGAACCCUCCCCGUCUAUCCCGGGGGUGGAUAAGAUCGCCAACGCUAAACUUCUGACCGCUGCUGUAGUGCAACGUAUCAAAGAUAAUGACGGCGAAGAGGAUGGCACCUGCCCUGUCUGCAUGGACAGUGUCAAAAAUGCGACUAUUUACAUUCCAUGUGGACACCAUGUGUGCUCGGAGUGCUGGAUCCGCAUUUCCGACUCUGCAACUGCAAACGGAGCCAUCAACCUCGAAGACGAUGGUCCAGCUGUGAUUAAGUGCCAGAACUGCCGAGGGCCCGUGGACCCUGCGAAACUCACCGACACCAAUGCAUUCAAGCAGGUCCACGAUCCAACCUCAGUGCCCGAAUUUGCCGCCGGAGGCGGUGAUACCAACGGGCCCAAUGACGACGAAGACCCAGAAGCAACAGCGAGCAGUGAAGAGUCUGACUCCGAUAGCUCUACUGGAGAGGGCGAUGCGGAAUCAAAGAAGAAAACGAAGGCGAAGUCUCUAGCCCAGCUGCGCAAGGACGCUUUGAGGAACAAGGCCGAGAAGAAGAAAUACAUUCGCCGCCUCGAGAAGGGCUGGUUCCCCAGCACAAAAAUCACAAAGACGCUGGAGAUCCUCCAAGCCAAUGAAGACCGCGGCUUAGAGGAGAAAACUAUCAUUUUCAGCCAGUUCACCUCCCUCUUGGAUCUUCUCGAAGUCCCCCUGGCCCGCCGCGGCUGGAACCACACCCGCUUCGACGGCAGCAUGAAUCUGAAGGAGCGCAACGCCGCUGUGACGGCUUUCACCAAUGAUCCUGACUGCAAGAUCAUGCUCGUCUCCCUCAAGGCCGGCAACUCCGGUCUGAACCUCGUCGCCGCUUCGCAUGUCAUCAUGUUCGACCCCUUCUGGAACCCGUACAUUGAAGACCAGGCCGUUGAUCGUGCCCAUCGCAUCGGGCAGGUUAGAGAGGUCUUCGUUCACCGUCUGCUUAUCGAGAAUACUGUUGAGGACCGCAUUGUUACUCUUCAGGACCAGAAGCGUGAGCUUAUCAGUGGUGCUCUCGAUGAGGGCGGUACCAUGAAUGUCUCCCGACUAGAUGCGAGGGAACUUGCUUAUCUCUUCGGUGUGAGAGACUUGUAA